UGCCUGCCUUAUUAAUUUCUUGGACAUCUGCCGAUCUGCGUGCAUGCUGGAAUUCUGAUAGAAAAUUGCAUUACUUUUGAUCCUUAUCGGUUUCAAUUUCUUUGAAAAUGAUUUCUAUCAGAAGGCAUGGAAAAUGCAUUUUAUAGGUUGGUAUGUUGAUACUACAGAUGUUUCUGUCAGAUUGCUCAUUGAUAUGUUAAAGAUUCUGUCAGAUUCGAGCAUAUAUGCUAAUCUGUAGCUUUGAUGGAAAAGGUCCAACUGGACGCUAUGGGUGCAAUCUGAACCAUCGUUAAGGGUUCCGCGCUCGGCCAGGCGCAGCGGCAGCCGUCACCUCACCUCCCGCCUGCCGGACGCUCGCUCGAACGCUCCGAGGAAAAGUCGCACGAACUCGCGAGAAGCGGCGCGUCGUGGGCGUGGCACGGUGCCAGGCUAUAUGUGCCGCCUCCGUCGCGGUCGCAUACUCGCAUAUAUGACAUAUGCGGUGCGUGCCAACACCACUGACGCCGAGACCCCCGCGACAGUGUAUGCCCAGCCCGCGCGGACGGUGAGGUGCUGUGCGGUGCAGGCGUGCAUCAGCGCAAGUGCGAGAUGAGCGAGGCGGACGGCGAGGGGGCGAAGCCGAAGCGCCCGGCGCCGCGGCUGAACGAGAGGAUCCUCUCGUCGCCGUCGCGGAGGUCCGUCGCCGCGCACCCCUGGCACGACCUCGACAUCGGCGCUGAUGCUCCGGCUAUGUUCAACGUUGUUGUGGAGAUCUCCAAGGGAAGCAAGGUUAAGUACGAGCUCGACAAGAAAACGGGGCUCAUCAUGGUCGAUCGGGUCUUGUACUCGUCAGUGGUUUACCCCCACAACUACGGCUUCAUCCCACGAACGCUCUGCGAGGACAACGACCCAAUGGAUGUUCUGGUGCUCAUGCAGGAACCAGUGCUGCCGGGCUGCUUUCUCCGAGCUAGGGCCAUCGGUCUCAUGCCCAUGAUCGACCAGGGAGAGAAGGACGACAAGAUCAUAGCAGUCUGUGUGGAUGAUCCUGAGUACCGCCACUACAAUGAUCUCAGUGAGCUUUCGCCUCAUCGCGUCCAGGAAAUCCGGCGUUUCUUUGAAGACUAUAAGAAGAAUGAAAACAAGGAGGUCGCGGUCAACGAGGUACUUCCUGUGACCGCUGCUCGUGAUGCCAUCCAGUACUCCAUGGAUCUGUAUGCUCAUUACAUUGCGCAGAGCUGCAGCAGCAGUUUUUCAGCACCAGAGCAUGUGAUUAUAUCCUUCAGCGUUACUACUGAUCGUGUGUUUAAGAGUAAUUCCAAAAUAACUGCAGAUUAAGAUUAGCAUG